UGCAGAAGCGAGAGAGGGAGGGAGAUGUGAUGAGUGCUCGGUGCUCCCUGAAUGGCAGUGAUGAGCCACAAUUAAGUCACUGCCAUUAACCACGGGAGAGACGAAAAGGGGGCACACGGAAUCGGAGCUGACGACUAACUGCAGAGGCAGACGACGACGACAACAAAACUGGACACACGACAGGCUUCUGUAAUGAUCUCGCCACCGUGCAAUAAUGGAUGUUCAGGCGAAUGCUGGAGGACAAUGCAGCUCCCCAUGUCCUUUAAUCUUGGUGCUGAAGACAGGAAGUGGACCAUGCAUGGACGUGGACAAAGGUCAUCACACGAACGUCCCCUGUGAAAGUCAACGGGAACACGAGGCGUUUGCCCGUCGACUGCACUUCACGUUGUUUGCUGUGGUGGUCACGUGAGGGCGAGAGCCAAUCACAGCCGUGUCCUGCAGUCGCACGUCGUGUCAUCUUUUCUACACACCGACGACCAGUCAGCUCACCGGAAGUGUCGCGGUGACUCGACUCCACCUUGCCGGGAGGUAGGUGCCCAACACGCUGCGCGGACCUGAUCCGGUCCGGCGGCCGGUACGCUGCUGCUGGCGGCCGCCCACGGCAGGUGCUUGACUCGGCUCACGUUAUCUGGUCCUCACGUUGCCGCUGACGAUGCGCCCGGUGCCUCCCAUCCUCCUCCGCCAGGUCGAUCGUCCAGAUGAGUCGCAGGUGCAGAGGGAAGUUUCCCCUCCAGCGACCCGAGGAGGGAGGCGGAUGAUUGCACGGCGGUUCCCAUGUACGGCGUGACGGUGUGAGGCCGCUGCAUGAGGCAGCCAGGACAAACAUGAUGGAGGAGGCUGCCAGCCAACUGGAGAGGGAGCAUGUGCACAGUGUCUACGACAAGAUUGCUCCGUAUUUCAAUGACAGCCGCUACACGGCAUGGCCAAAAGUACGUCAGUUUCUGCUGGACCUGCAGCCGGGGAGCAUCGUCGCUGACGUUGGUUGUGGCAAUGGCAAGUAUCUCCACAUCAACAAGGAGGUGUUCAAGCUGGGGUGCGACGUUUGUCGCCCCCUGGUGGACUUUGCCUGGAACCAAGGGCACGAGGUGCAGAUGUGCGACGGGCUGCAUUUGCCUUUCAGAGACGGCUGCUUCGACGCUGUGCUCUCCAUUGCAGUCAUCCAUCAUUUGUCCACCAAAGAGCGCCGUAUCCGAGCAAUAAGGGAGAUGGCUCGCACCCUGCGAGUGGGUGGACGCAUUAUGAUCUACGUGUGGGCCAUGGAGCAGAAACGCCGUAAAUUUGAGAAACAGGACAUUUUCGUUCCGUGGAACCCCAACCCCUAUUCAGCCUCCGGCUUCAACAGGGAGCACGGCAAAUCCAGAAGGAGGGCCACAGCACAGAGCGUGAGCGAAGCCAUAGACAGCACUGAAAAGCACAGGAAGGUUAGAAGCACAUCCUCCGUCGCAGACGAAGAAGACCUGACCUGCACCACGCCGCAGCAGAGGACUCAGAGACUGUGGUUCUUCUCCAGGUCUCUGGAUUCUGUGUUUGACUUUGGCUGUUUAGCCAUCUCCCGGUCAUCCUCCAGAGAGCUGAGCACUUUAUCUUCACCCACAGGUGAAACUGAGGGGAACAAGGCAAGUCGGUGUGGGAGAGGACGAGGCCUCAUCAAGCAGGUGUCCAGCUUCUUUUCUCCGCCGUCUGUGAUCGGAUCCGAGGAGGACGUCUUUGACUCGCUCACAGACCUGCACAAGGGACACAGUGAUCCUGGAGGCAACAAUAACACCCCUGGCAACAACGGCACAGAAAAGCAGAGUGUGUCAUUAUCUCUAGCCCAGGAGUGUGGCUCUGUGGCCCUGCCAGACCUGGUGCCUUUCCAGAGGGAGCAGCUGAAGCAGUCUGGAGACGAAAGUGACGGAGGGCCACCGGGAGAGGAGCAGCCAGAAAGCACAGCGAGUCCUCGGGGGGGCGGGGGGCAGGUGGAUGGCUCCUGCCUGAGGUACUAUCACGUCUUCAGGGAGGGAGAAUUGGCAGAGCUGAUAGAGAAUCAUGUGGAGGAGCUUCAUGUCAAACACACCUAUUUUGAUCACGCCAACUGGUGCGUGGUGGCAGAGAGAGUUCAGUUGUGGAAAAUAUGAUUUUAACCAGUUUCAUUUUUUACUUUGCAUCAACUCUGCCUCAAGUUUUAACAGUGAAUCACACAUUUGAUGAUGAUCACAUUCUUGCAUCUGAAAAAUGUGUUAAGCUACAGAUGUGGCCAUUGUUGAAGGUACACUACACAGUACGGUUAUGGGAAAAUGCUUUUUUAUGAUUCUAUUUUUAGUUUUUGUUAAGUAGUCCUGGAACAGCUGCGUGGGAGAUGUAUCCAUAUCUAGCUUUAUUUUAGACGGCAUCACUGUAACGUAUUUGCACAGAGGAUGUUUAACGAUGGCUAUCACUGUAUACGACACCAUGUUUUUAAAGUAUUUAUUCUAUCUCGAUACGUGAAACCAACAAGCAGUAUCCAUAUGUACAGUGUCUGCUCCCUUUUUGUAUCAAUAGUUUGAUUUUCUUCAUCAAACCAUAGGAUUUUAACUUUUUUAAUAGAGGGUUUCUGCAGCGGAGAUGUUAUGAAAUGCACUGUUUUUCUCCUUUAACUUAAUAUUAGUCAAAGGAGAACUAGUCCAGCAGGGGUGGGGAACCUUUUGCUAUCAACGGCCAAUUUCAGUUUUUGUAACACUGUCCAAGGACCAUAGGCGUACUAUAUUUGUGAAUACGUACAGCAUAUCACUCUAACCUCUCAAAUGGGGCGGGAGGAACUGUUUCUCUUUGGCCUGGUGUCUGAUGUCACACGGCAGCGAUGCAUGCUGAUGGUACUAGCACCUGGUUUCGGGUGAGUCAGUCCUGAGUGGAACUUCAGAGUCCGUUUUGGAUAUGGUCCCACACAGAGAAUGCAAACGUCAGCGCGUGUCGUCAGAAUGGGAGGAUCCUCAGGACGUACAUACGCAGGUUUUAAAUCUCGAGUAGAGGGAGGUUGUUGUACCUUCCUCUGAGCUCAUUGUUGCUUCGCAGCUCAGUGGUUUUGUGUUCUUGUACGCUGUCAGGUACAUUAACUGCUUCAAUAUUAACUGUUGUUCUUGCACAGUUGGAAAAUGAAUUGAGUGCACUGGCCUUUUUCGUCCCUGCAAACUAGGCACACUGGUUUGCCUUUGACAUCAAUAAAACCGUUUGUCCAUUUCUCUUAGAGAGCACAAGAUUAUGCAUCUGCCUUUCUUUUCUGCCAUGAUGCAUGUCAGGGAUGACACGUAACAACUACCUGUGUGUGUGUGUGUGUGUGUGUGUGUGUGUGUGUGUGUGUGUGUGUGUGUGUGUGUGUGUGUGUGUGUGUGUGUGUGUGUGUGUGUGUGUGUGUGUGUGUGUGUGUGUGUGUGUGUGUGUGUGUGUGUGUGUGUGUGUGUGUGUGUGUGUGUGUGUGUUUGGCUCACACUGAAUGAUAAGCUAGGCCACUGUUCUAUUACAUUUUGAUAAAUAUUUUUCUUUUAUCACAGGAAAAAUGAAUCGAUGUCAAGAGAUUUUUUAUUUUUGUAUGCCUGAGUUUGUUUGUUUUAUCUAUAAAUUAAAAACCCCUGGGCCGAAAGUUUUCCCCACCCCUGGACUACAGUAUACUCUUCCAUUCCUCUGUUUUAAAGGUUCAGUGUGUAGCUUUUAGUGACUUCCACAUAUUGCAACCAACAUAUUGAACUGAAUACCUUCCAAGUGUUGUGAGAACCUACACAGUGGGACCACUACUUAAGGGUCUUGCGUCAGUGUAUAAAGAAAACCCAACAAUUCUAGUUUUAGAUGAUUAUAUACUAUAAUCGUAUUCCAUUUCUACCGAUAGAGCGGCCCAAAUCCUGCACUCUGGACCUUUAAUGCAUUAAUUACAGUGGGAAAUUCAGAUUUUACUCCGUGUGUCUGCCUGUUUUACAACUGCACGACCCUCAGCUCUGAAUUCAGAGCUAAACUAGCAGGAAGUGUCUGUUUUGUACAUUUUGAUGAGACUUUCUGUAAACUGCUUGUGUAAUGUAUCAUAAACACUAUUAUACAGUCAGAAGAGCUCAAAGUUGUGCAGAACAUCUUCCAAAAUAUUUUGGUUAUUUGCUCGUUGUUUUAUUCUCCCAAGUGUUUCAAAGAUUAUGUAGUCAGUGUGUGUGUGUGUGUGUGUGUGUGCUUGAUGUUGGUAUUUGUGAUAGUUGUGGAUUGUCUUGUAAUAAGCUGAAUAUGCCACGAGUAUGUCAGCAAAUCAACUGCCUCCAAUACUGUGAAUAAUCAUUGCACUGUAUCACUAAUAUGCCGCUGCUUGACGUGAACGACAAAUGCAGGUGAAACUUGAAACAUGCUGGUUCUCUGUAUCCACUGUGCCAAGGACGAUGCACAUCUUCAUCAGUACAGUAUGUGUGGACCAACUGUGUUUGCUCUGAAGUGACACUGGUAACCUAAUGUCUUAUAUGACCUCAUGUAAAUGCCUUUUGAGUUUGAAGUUGUUUUUCCUUAUUAAAUAUUUUCAAUCAUG